AAAAAACAAACAAAAAAUUCUUUAUAUAAACAAGUAAAAUUGUUUUAAAAAACUUGCGAAUGUUGCCAUUAGUGGGUUGCAAGCAAAAAUAACUUGAGUUCAACUUUAACGUAUAUAUAUAAAAAUAAAUAAAUAAAUAAAUAAAUAAAUAAAAGGCAAAAUGAAUGCUGAUAUCAAAUUAUUAUUGCGGUUAUUUACGAUGCUGCCGCUUUUAACAUUGGUUUCACAAUUUUGCGAGAGUCAUAAAACUAUUGGUAAACUAUUGCAUCAAAAUACGAUUUAUCAAUCAGACAAUAUUGGAGAUAUAGUAAAUGCUGUAAGAGAAUCGAUGCAGGAAUAUGAAAACUCACAAAUUAAACAAAAACGUUCAAGAUAUAAACGGGCGGCAAAAAGUAUUUGUUACGAGGAGUUGGGCUGUUUUGAAACUACCAAGGAAUUCGAGUACUUGGAUAUGUUACCGUCACCGCCGGAAGAAAUCGAUACAAAAUUCUAUUUUUAUUCAACGAAAAAUAGAUCUGAUAGGCCUUUAAUGGAAUUACCAUUUCUUAACAUGACCGCGACCUUUCGAACACUUAAAACUUCUAAUCGGAAAAGAAGCACAAUCCAUGACGAACUUCAAAGUACUGAAGCUCCAAAUUUAUCAACAACUCCUCUUUCAACCUUAGACGUUUUAAAGAAGGUUUCUAUGUCUUUGGAUGAUAUCGUUGGCUUUGAUGAAAUGUCUGUUCGUGUCAUUGUUCAUGGCUUCGGUUCGGCUUGUUCGCAUGAAUGGGUUUAUGAGAUGAAAACGGCCUUAAUGGCGGUGGAAGAUUGCAUUGUUAUUUGCGUGGAUUGGGAGAAUGGCGCUAAUUUGCCAAAUUACGUUCGGGCAGCUACAAACACUCGCUUAGUGGGCAAGCAGUUAGCUAUGUUAAUCAAUAAUCUGAAAGAGCAUAAAGGAUUAAAAUUAUCACGCACUCAUAUUAUAGGUUUUAGUUUGGGUGCUCAUGUAUCAGGGUUUGCUGGUAGCGAAUUAUCUGGCUUAGCUCGAAUAACGGGCUUAGAUCCAGCUGGCCCUCUUUUCGAGGCACAACAUCCCAGUGUACGUUUAGACGGCGCUGAUGCAGAGUUUGUCGACGUUAUACAUUCGAAUGGCGAAAAUUUAAUACGUGGCGGUUUGGGUUCUUGGCAGGCCAUGGGUCAUGUAGAUUUCUAUCCAAAUGGUGGUCGAGCGCAAACCGGUUGCUCUAAUUUGUUUGUGGGUGCGGUCACCGAUUUCAUAUGGCCUGGGCAGCAGACCAAUCAAGAGGAGGGUCGUUCACUGUGCAAUCAUCGUAGAGCUUAUAAAUUUUUUAUAGAUUCUGUCGCACCACGUUGCAUGUUCCCAGCUUUCCCUUGCGCUACCUAUGAUGACUUUUUAAAGGGUUUAUGUUUUUCGUGCCCUCAUAAUGAUGAUGACGAUAGGGAUGUAGACGAUGGUGUGCCACGUUGCGGUAACAUGGGUUAUUAUGCUGAUCGUUCACCGGGUCGAGGACAAUUGUAUUUAGUUACACGAGAUGAAGAACCAUUUUGCGCCCAUCAGUUUCUAUUACAAAUCUACAACUCAUUCAGUUAUUUGCCACUACGUACUAUAGGACGUCUGGAAGCUACACUCGAAGGAGAUGUUGGAUUAAAUGAAACAUUUAAAAUAACAGAGAAAGAUGAUUCUGAAUUUUUCGCUGCUGAAAUUAUCUCGAAAAUUAUUGUACCUCAUCCGGCCUUGGGGUUUCCUACCGUUCUGACUUUAAAUUACAAACAAUAUAGCGGCUGGCUGUCGAAGGGUUUACAUCAUUGGGAUAUAGAUAAAGUAGUGUUAACUGACACUUUCGGUCGCAGUCACUCACUGUGCCGGCCUUCGAUUAGUUUAAUUUCUAACUCACCAAUGCGUAUGGUUUUGCAACCGGGCAAUUGUAAAUUGGAUAAUCAGGAUGAGUACGGUAUUUCGACGAGUAAGGAGUCGACAAACAUUUCAGACUCUUCCGUUCAAGAAUCUGUUCACUUACCACAAAUACAUUUGAAAUUGAAAGAAAAUCGAAGUUUUGAAUUAUCAUCUGGCGGUGAUCUACAGUGGCAACCGAUUAUAGAGGGCAAUUCAUUGGAUAAGGAGACAGAAACAAGUCGGAGUCUAUCAUUAGAGCAGGAGGAGAUAUUUGAACCGGUAUUAAAUGAGAAACGCUUGGCUGUUAAUCGAGGGCGUAACAUGCAAGAUUAUCCGAUAACCGAAGAAAUAAUGGAACCGCUGCUAAAAGCUACAACACCUAAAAUUAAAAAGGUCACGGCUACUGCUAGUGAACCAUCAAAUGCGGGACUUAAUCAAAUGAUUGCUAUGGUAAAUCAAAAAAAAUCCGAAUCAACUAACGCAGUUGCUGGCACCAUAACUGUACAAUUAUUUCCACUACGAUUAGGUGAACUUUUAGAAAAAGCUGAACGCUAUGCUAAAGAGAAACUUUUACCACUGAUAUCAGUGCAGGCGCCAAAAUUAUUUGGAUUUAAUUUCAAUAAAAAUGACGAUGAAGAUUAUCUAAAAUCGAAUAAUAGAAAGGCCAGGUAUAUACCACGUUUCGAAGAGCAGACAUUUAAAAAGAAUAGUUCCGAUAUGUCCGCUGAUAAAAGAAUGAAAAAAUCGGAAAGUGCAUUAACCGUUGCAACGGCGGAACAAAAAAACAUUUUCAAACUGACGAGAGAAAGAGAUACGAAAUUUCUUCAACAUCGUAAGGAAUCAGAGCCUGCUGGAGACUCAUCCAAUAAAAUUACUUAUUAUACGAGCGCAGUGUCAACUGUAUUGCCAUAUUUGAAAGAUGACGAUCCGGAAUAUCAACCGAUUUAUAUUGAAUUACCAACGUAUCGUCCUCCUAAAUCUAAAUUUAGUAGACCGUCGAUGUUUUCAUCUGGCUCUACAGAGAAAAAUUUGAGAAUCGGGUCUUAGCCCGAAGAAAGAUAU